UGCAGGUAAAUGAGAUGCGGCUUUAAAGCCAGAUAGGAAAACUAUCCACACCAGCAGCCCCUCUGUUAACGCUUCCUUCCCGUUUCACCCCCAACAUGCGCCCUUGAGGACGUUACAACUCCUGCCAAAAUCUCCGGGCAGCGCUGGGAGGAAGAAAGUGGGACUCAUCAUCGGCUUCUCGUCCAGCAAACCCCAGACCAGCCCACGGUGUUCGCUCGCUCCCCUGCCGCAUCUGUAGGGGUGGAGCACCGGACUGAUCCAGGCCGGGAGUCCCCUGGUGUUUCUGCUGCUUCUGCCGCUCCAUGGACGGGCGGACGGUGGGUACGCAGUCAGCCUGUUGUGGAGAAAUGGACUCCCGCCGCUGAAUCAGCCACACCGAGACAGUGUGAUGUUCAGUAUCUCGCCCUCCCCUGGCAGGCUGUGAGGGCAUGAGAAUGCGACGAGGGCGGGAUUUCAUCCCUGACUCCCACCCGAGACUAUCACCUUCUCCGCCUCCAGUCACUUGGUUACCCGGCGUCCUCAGCAAGGGCGUACGCCUGCGUCUGCGUCUGGAUCACCAUGAUGACCAGGGGCGGGGCUGCUGGCACCUAGUGGAUUUGGAGGCAGAGUCAGAGCCAUCUAGGCAAAGUCAGAGGAGCCAGGCCCCUGACGCCUGCACACAGAGUCUGAUGAGUACUACUCUGUCUGUCGGCUCAGAAAUGCAGACUCCCGCUCCUGGCCCCCAGUUCAUAGUGGGGCCUCAGGGCAAGAUACCUGGCAGAAAGAGAGGUCGGCCUCCCAUACGUAAGCUGGAGUACCAGGGUCACUAUGUAGAGCCUCUGUCACCACCCAAGGUCCCAAAGAAGAGAGGCAGGAAACCUGGCUUUAAGCCAAAGCCCAGGAUGGUGAUGUCCCCGCUGGAUAACUCUCCUCCCAGUAGCACACCAGAACCUGAGAUGGGCUCCGUCCCACAGGAUGCUGCUAUCGUCCCCCACUCUGCCACACCACAGGUUCUGACAGCAGAAACACCGAUGCCUGAUGACUUCUUAUGUGACCCGCCAGUUGACUCCAAACGCUAUGCUGUAGAUCCCAGUGACUCUGCCUUCAAUGUGAUGGCAUCACAGUAUUCAACAAAGCACAUGUAUAGUUACCGUGGCAGUAGCUGCUCUACACCUGUGGGUCUGUGCAGACAAGCAUCAAGCCCAGGAAGCUUCCAGGACGGAAACAGAAAUGGUUAUAGUUCAAUACCAGACUCGGGAGCAUCCAAGCGCCUGGCUGGUAAGGACCCAUCCAGCUGGGGUGUGGAGGAGGUGGUGUGGUUCAUCAAAGAUGCUGACCCCCAAGCCCUGGGACCUCAUGCUGAUACCUUCAGGAAGCACGUGAGUCCAGGCUAG